GACCUAUUUAGGUCAUGAUAGGUAGGUACCUAGGGUUGGAACUAUUGUUAAACGAAGCGCCGACGGCCGACAGAGACACCAAGUCAGCUUAUUCUUUCAUUUGCCAACCUCUUUGCUCUCUCUUCUCGUCAUUGUCGCAUCGUGAUUGCGAUAGCACGAAACGAUGGAAUCAUAGCAAGCGAACCCCUCAUAUGUAACCAUCUUUCUUCCCCCACUUGUCAAAUACAUAACUACUUAGGUAUCGUAACGCCUCAGAAUUAUGUCGUUGCUUCGCCUUUUAGGCUCGAGAGCUUCGGUCUCAGCCAAAACUAAAACUACCCUACAACGAACGGCUCCUUCGCGAGUGCUGCUCGCUUGUCCCUCCUCUAGAACCAUUGCGACAGCUUCUGCGAGACCCCAAGAGGCACCCCGCGAACCUCCCUCCACAACACCAGAGAUCGACCUCCUACAGUCUCGCCGCCGGCGCAUCCGAGAUCCAAAACCCUUCUCCGACUUCCUCACAGAUACUUUCCACCGACAACAUGAUUACCUUCGCAUAUCUGUCUCGGAGCGCUGCAAUCUGCGAUGUGUCUACUGCAUGCCUGAAGAAGGCGUGCCAUUGUCGCCAAACCGAGAGCUCUUGACGACACCAGAGAUUGUCCUCUUGUCGUCCGUAUUUGUCUCGCAGGGUGUGACUAAGAUCAGAUUGACGGGAGGAGAACCGACUGUGCGGCGAGAUAUCCUCCCUCUGAUGCACCAGAUUGGAGAGCUGCGACGGCAUGGCCUAAAGGAAAUCUGUAUCACAACCAACGGCAUCUCUCUGCACCGGAAGCUCGACAGCAUGAUCGAGAGUGGACUGACGGGUGUCAACCUGAGCCUCGACACUCUGGAUCCUUGGCAAUUCCAGAUCAUGACAAGGAGGAAAGGCUUCGAGGCCGUGCAGAAGAGCAUCGAUAGGAUUCUUGAGCUCAACAGACUUGGUGCUGGCAUCAAGCUCAAGAUCAACUGCGUGGUUAUGAGGGGUAUCAACGACAGAGAGGUGCUCCCCUUCGUGGACCUGACGCAAGAAAAGGACAUCGAAGUCCGCUUCAUCGAGUACAUGCCAUUUGACGGCAACAAAUGGAGCAAAAAUAAGAUGUUUAGCUACCAAGAGAUGCUGGACCUCAUCAGGACAAAGUACCCAACACUGCAAAAAGUGCAGGAUCACAAGAACGAUACAAGCAAGACAUGGCACAUUCCAGGCUUCACUGGAAGAAUAGGCUUCAUCACGAGCAUGACGCACAACUUCUGCGGGACUUGCAACCGUCUUCGAAUAACAGGUGACGGCAACCUCAAGGUGUGCUUGUUUGGCAAUGCUGAGGUGUCUCUACGGGAUAUCCUCCGGAAGUCCAACAGUGGCGAGCCCAUCGAUGAGCAGGCUUUCGAUGCCAUAAAACAGAUCGAGAUGGACCGGCGGAGGGACUUAUUGACGUCAGACCGGACUCCUCUCGGUCUGGCACCUAACGAGAUGGAGCUGCUCGAAGUCAUUGGUGCUGCCGUCAAGAGAAAGAAGGCAAAACAUGCGGGCAUUGGUGAGCUGGAGCAUAUGAAGAAUAGGCCCAUGAUCUUGAUAGAUACCAUUAGUCCGUCUUCGUCAUUGCGAACCAUGCCUCCUCGAAUACAAUCCCUUCUGCGUAACGGUCCCUGCUUCACGGCUGGCCGAUCUGUUUUCACACAGCAGCGACUCUUCUCCAAUACUCGCCAUGUCCGAGGACAGGACAGCAGCGACAACACAAAGCUGACACAUGUCUCUGCCUCUGGAGAGGCACGGAUGGUCUCCAUAUCAGACAAGACGGUGACAUCACGCAUCGCCAAAGCUGCAUGCACCGUCCGAUUCUCGAACACCACAGCGAUUGGGCUCAUCAGAGACAACCAGAUGAGGAAGGGAGAUGUCCUGGGUGUUGCGCGGAUCGCUGGCAUCAUGGCAUCGAAGCGAACUCCAGAUCUGAUCCCACUCUGUCAUCCGAUCUCGCUCUCCAAGGCCACGGUUGAUCUCGACGUCAGGGGUGACGACAGGGUAGAGAUCGCUGCCACGGUCACGUGUGACGGAAAGACGGGGGUGGAGAUGGAGGCGCUGACGGCGGCGUCUACGGCGGCAUUGACAGUUUACGAUAUGUGCAAGGCUGUGGAUAAGGGCAUGGUUAUUGAGGGUUUGAGAGUUGUCCUCAAGGAUGGGGGGAAGAGUGGGAGAUGGGAAAUGGAGUAA